AUGUUUAGGCGUUUGCUGAGUAUGAUUGGUGUUACACCCAAGCAAGAUACGACCCGAACCAAUCUUCAGAUCCUUGCUGAUCAAGAGGCAAAUUCACCUGAAGAUCAAGAAGCAUCUAAAAGGAAACGAGAGUAUGAAUUAAUAGAGGAUUGUCCACCUAAUUCAAUAGUAUUUCUUUUCGGAACAGAAAGUAAUAGUGUUUAUAAUCGAUUGGUUAAAUAUAUUGUCAAACAGGAUAAGAGUAAGAAGGAAAAUAGUGAUAAUUUAUUAUUUAAUUCAGAUUCUGUUGUUCAGUAUGCUCCUCUUCCUUGUUCAUCACAUUCUAUCAUUCUUCUUCCUAAAAUUGAUGAUGAGAAAAAUCAGUUACAAGCCUCAAAGAGAAUAAUCAUUUGGGGAGGAAAGAAAAAUGUUCGUGAUAUUACUUCUAAUAUGAGUACAGCUUUAACGGUUAAAGAAGAUAGUUUAUUAACUUAUUAUGAUUGUGAUUUAAAUAUGUGGCGAUAUGCUGAAAGUGUUAGACAUACUUAUUCAAAUAAUCCUUAUAGACCAAAUCCGAGCCUAUUCUAUCAUACAACAACAUUGAAUCCAAACAAUAUGUGUAUUUAUAUAUUUGGAGGAAGUUCUAAUGAUAGCUCUUCUGCUGACACCUUAGUUUCAAACAAACUCUAUUGUGUGAGCAUUGCUGAAGAUUGGAAAUGGAGGUUUAUUCCACUUGAAUCUCUUUAUUUUCAAACAGCACCACCCGAUUAUGUAAAACCAGAGGAUGAAGAACCUGUAACUAAAAUUGUUGGAGUGAGAGGUCAUUCAUGUGUUUAUAGAAGUCGUAAAAACAGUUUGAUAGUUUAUGGAGGUAAUUUUGGUGGAUCUAAACUUUCGUCCAAUAUGUUUGAGUUUGAUUGUAACACUGAAACUUGGUCCCUCAUCCCUCAAGUUAAUAAGGUUGCUCCAAGGGCAUAUCAUAAUGCUAUUUAUUGUAAAAACAGAGAUUGUAUGAUAGUGUUUGGUGGUGAAGUGUUUGAUAAUACAACAGGAAGACUGGAAAUCAUCAAGGAUAUGUGUUUAUUCUAUUUCGAAGAGAAGAGAUGGUAUAAUAUAUUAUUUAGAGGCGAUGUCCCUUCUCCAAUUUGUACAUUUGGUCACUGUACUACGAUUGUGUAUGAUAGAUUUAUAAUUUCAUAUGGAGGCUGUAACAGAGAAUUCCAACCAAAGAAUCAAUGUUUAGUUUUCGACUUAUUCGAGAGAAGGUGGAUAAAGUUAAAUGUAAAGCUUAAAGCUGUGGAAGUGAGUGCCAAGCAUACUUUGGAAAAUUCACAGAAUGAAGAAUAUUGGGAUUUAUCCUACUCGACCAUUUUACCACCACUUAAUUGUUCUGCAAUGACAUAUGAUGAAGAAGCUGAAUGCUUAGUAUUUUAUGGAGGUUAUGUAACAGAUAAGGAAAAGUGUGCUUCAUUAUUCAGAGUUAAAUUGGAUUUCUCUCUAUUUUUUGUUGAGAAGCAUUUUGUUUACUGGAAUUAUAUUCGAUCCACGUUGAGCAAUCCAGACAGAUUUAAUGACUUGGUUAUUAAAGUGUCGAAUUAAACUUGAAUAUUGUAAA